CAGUUGGCUUCUAAUAGGCCCAAAAGUGAGUCAGUUGCAGUGACUAGGGUUUUAGAGAGAUGGGAGGUAAAGGAAUUAGACGGAGAGCCAAGAACUACAGAGAAGCCCACGGCGGUUACAGUAGGCUUCCGCCGCCGCCUGAUCGUUCUCAAGUCGACACUUUGCCAUCUAAACUCCGCAAAAUCCUCUCCUACUCCACUCCCCAAGGCUCUUUGAAGCUUGCCAAAGAUGCUGAGCAGAGGAAGAAGAGAGAUGGAGUUGAUGCUGCUCAACCAAAGAAGGAUAAAGAUGAAGUGGAGGUAGAAGAAGCUAGUAUGGAAGAUGGGGAUAAUGCUGAGAAUGUUGCACCUCAGCAUUCGGAUGAGAAGAAAAAGAAGAAACGAAAGCGAAAGCAAGUGCUUGACCUUCGAUUUGAAGCAGAAGCACUGGAGCAAUCGGGAGGCCGUCUGAAAAGAAAGGAGCGCAAGAAAAAGUACUUGGAAGCAAAGAAAAACAAAAACAAAAAGGGCAAGAAAGAAGAUAAUGUAGACGACUUUCCUGGACGUGAGAAGAUUAGAUUUGGAGAGGUGGUUCAAGCUCCUCCAAAGUUGGUUGCUCCUAAGGCAUUUAAGAAUGUACAAGAUGCUUCGAAGGAGCGGGUUCGGGUCAAUGCUAUUGAGGCAUACAGGCAACGCAAAAAAUGGAACUCAAGACCAGGGAUUCAGCUCCCUAAUCCUGUGACUGCAUCCUUGUAAAUGGUACAAGUAUAAUGCGUUGGGAAAACUUAGCAUCUGUCGUCCAUUCAUGCGGAGAAAAACUUGUCUGUCCUCACAAUACAUGCAGUGAGAGUAUGGUUAGACCCACCAAGGUUUUGUGUCUCUCCAAACUGCACAACUGGUUGUAAGUUCACACCCUUCAACAGUUCAGGCAACUAAUGCUAGAUUUUUCUCGAUGUAUAUUUAUCCCUUUGCCUCUCAGAGUUCUUUUAUUCUAUCUGAAGUCCUAUGCUUCUUCAAUUUUGUAAUGUAUUCCAUGAGUUUGAUCUAGAAAUGUGCAAAACCAUUCAAGGAAUCUCAGAUUGCUAUUUAGAUUUGUAAUGUAUGGAAAGAAGAAAGUGAUUCCUUUUCCUUUUUUUAA